AUGAAGUUUAUAAAACUGGGCAGAGAUGAAGUUCUGGUGCGUCUUUCCAUUGGCGAUAUCGUUGGCCGGAAGGUAACAAUCAAAAAUUUGCCAUGGGAUGUGGAUCAUGAUCCUUUGGAGCAAAUCAGGCCAGAUUGGAGGCAUUUCGAGCCGAAUCCUGUCCCUCCAUCCAACAAUAUCACUGUGAUCACAUUCCUUGGUGUCCCAUAUGCGGAACCUCCUGUAUCGCAACGAAGAUUCAAGGUUUUUUUUUCGUACAUUUGA